AUGCUCAAGUUGAGUGAAAAAGAUUUGUGGAAUAUUUUCUUAAAGUUAUGUAAACGAGCUCACAAGUGGUAUGUGAAAAAUGGAAAAUUGAAUCCAAAAGAAAGUGUUAGCGAUUCAGAUCGCUCCUAUUGGAGAGAGGUCAUUCAGGUGAUUAAGGAAUUAUCUAGAUCGACCUGUAGAGGUCCUAAGGAUGAUGUGAAUUAUUGGAGAAGUGUUUCUAACAUGAUGAAAGAAUGUGUUGCAUGUUGGAGACAAGUUUCAUCCUUGAUCAAGGAAUUUGGUGGAAAGGUACAAACAUUCAAUGCUUCCUCCAUCACAACAACAAACACUCAACCAACAGAGGAAGACAUGAAAUAUUGGCGUCAAGCCAUUGCCAUGACAAUAGAUUUGUUCUCCAAGUCAUCUGCCACCCAUCAAGAAUACUGGAGAAGCAUUGCACAAAUCAUUAAGGAAUUUGGUAGAAAGAAUUUGAAGCACAAAGGCUGGGUUCUCAAAACAAAAAGAAUGCGCAAUUCAUCUCUGAAGUGA